AUGAUCCCAGUUGUACGUCGCGCACUGCAUACCUCAGUAGCGUCUUGUCGCGGACGAACCACUUUCUUCAACAUUCAUAAGAAAGUGACUGACCCUGCGAAACAGGACCCGGACUACUUCGAAAAAGCCGCAAGGGAAUUACCUUUAGAUGACAACUACAUUGAUGCACUGGGAAAACUCUACUACGAAAAAAUUGGCUCGGAGCGAGAUCUGGGAUUGAAAGCUGCGGAUAAUUUGGUCGCGGACCAGCAAAAGUUUGGCUUACCCGACUUGGAUCUUUCGAGCCCUCGUUUCCAGUACAGAGAUCUUGACAUCCUCAAGGAUGCUCCGGAAAGUGUGAAGAAGAUAUACAGAAGGGACAUGUCGAGUGAAUGGAAAGCACAGCUGAUUGGCAAAGUGAAUCAACACACCUUAGAUGAAGCCAGCCUGGAAAUGAAAAGUAAGUUGUUCAUUAGCGUUAUCUGACU